AGCAGCCCAUCAGCUGAAGUCACUGGGGAUCUACAUCGAUUUAUCAGAUGAGUUUUGUGAGGCUCCCAAAGUGAUGUCAGUGAAGUCAAUUUGAAAUGAAAGCAAACCAGAGUAAGAACUGGCCCUCCACAUGUCUGAUCAUUGGGUAGAAGCUCUGUAGGAGCAGUGCAGCUCUUGUCUCAGUGGGUUUGGCCGCUGCAUAACCAGUGAAGCAGCAGUAUAUAUGAGCUGGGAGCUGAAGCCUGUGUCAGUGCUGUGCACGGUGCGGGAGGAAUGGCUGGCUGGGGCGGCUUCUUCAUUUCUCUCCUCAACUACAAGACGGAGAAAUAUGUCAUUGCCGAAAACAGGAAAAUCGGGAUUUUAUUCCGGCUCUAUCAGCUGGCCGUGCUGGGAUACUUGAUCGGGUGGGUGUUUGUGGUGAAGAAAGGGUACCAGGAGAGAGAAGAAGCCAUCCAGACAUCGGUCAUCACCAAACUUAAAGGUGUCACUCUGACCAACACUUCAGAGACAGGGCCUUACCUGUGGAGCGCUGAGGAUUAUGUCAUACCACCUAAUGGCGAGCAGGUGUUCUUCAUAGUAACAAAUUACAUCGAGACCCCCAAUCAGAGGCUGGGGUUCUGUGCUGAGAGUUUCAAGGUGCCAAACGGACGAUGUCAAAGUGACGAUGACUGUGUGGAGGGGGAGAGUGUAACAGCUGGUAAUGGAAUCAAGACCGGCCUGUGUCUAAACAGCACGGGGACCUGUGAGAUUCAUGCUUGGUGUCCAGUCGAAUACAUCAGAAGACCCACAGAGCCCCGACUGAGCGAAGCAGAAAACUUCACCAUCUACAUCAAGAAUUUCAUCAGGUUCCCAAAGUUUGAAUUCUCCAAGUCCAACGUCCUUGAAACCUCUGAUGAGAGCUACCUGAAGAGAUGCUCCUAUGACAAAGAAAACCAUCCUUACUGCCCCAUCUUCCGCCUUGCAGAUCUCGUCAGCAGGACUGGAAAUGACUUCCAGGACAUGGCUGUUAAGGGCGGCUCUGUUGGGAUUCUGAUCGAGUGGAACUGUGACCUGGAUAAAGACGCCUCUCAGUGCAAUCCACAGUACAGCUUCACCCGUCUGGACAGGAACUUCAACAACUCCAUCACAUCAGGAUACAACUUCAGAUAUGCCCGAUACUAUAAGGAUGAAAAUGGUGAAACCUACCGCACCUUGUACAAAGUAUAUGGGAUUCGCUUUGAUAUAAUGAUCAAUGGCCAGGCUGGGAAAUUCAGUAUUGUUCCCACAAUAAUUGCUAUUGGCUCGGGUGUUGCUCUGCUGGGUAUAGGAGCUUUUGCAUGUGAUAUGAUUCUACUGUACAUGAUGAACACGAGCUCCUUCUACAGAGACAAGAAGUUUGAAAUCAUCAACUUCAAGAAAGAACGGAACAAAACCAAAGACGGGAAAGCAGGACACCGAGAGAGGAGGUCCAGGAAACCAGGUGCAGAGAAAGAGGCGGCCAACUCCUUAAAGAAGUCAGAAGAAACUGAACUCACUGUGGAGUCUUCUCAUAGUGACGAGAACCAGCCGCCUGUGGAGAAACGAGGUCCCACCAUUCCACGCAAUACAGGACAGCGAUACUCUGCCGCUCUGUCUCCCCAGGGUGCAGAGCCGAAGCAUCACAUCACCUUCUCCUCACACAAUUAGGUUUGCAGUCAGAGCAAGACAAACCACCUGCAGUGGCCGCUGCUACGCUGCAGGAGGUGAACCAAAAGUCAGACUGAUUCUCACCUGCUGGCAUGGUCACUGGCAUGAGUGAUGUUUGCCCUGACUGAAGACGUGUCGAUCCAGGAGAAUGUUGUGCACUGUGAGAGUGGGUCGGGACUCUGAUGUACGCAGGAGGGUGGCUGGGUGGGCAUUCAAAGGUGGGAGAUUACAAGAGGUCCAUUAGCAAUCCAAUUCAUUCUAGCAGAGUGACAAUUGUUAUAACAGCAAAUAAAUAGUGGUAAAAUGGCUAAGACAUUAAGUGAAUUGCUUAAUAGUCUCUGUGCCCAAUUGAUUCAAAAGCUUAAUCUGGAUCAGAAUGAUCUGGAUUAAAUAAUCCCAUAUUUUAUUAUCCAGGAUCAGCUAAUCCAUUCUGUGGAGGUUAUUCACACUGGACUGGAGCACUGUCAUCCAGAUACAAACUGUUCACGAUCAUCAAAUCUGGUUCACCAGUGCUCUAAAGUGGACUAAAUAUCACAGUGGAGGUUAGCAGGUGGAACAGGCAGGUCAGCAUGGAGUCACUUUAAGUGUUUGAAUUUAAAGAGACAGAAAACAGCACAAUAAAACAUUACAUGCAUCUCAGUCCAUUUUCAGAUUCUUUCCAACAGUCACACGCCCCAUUAGACAUGCUUUAAAUCUUUUUUUUUUAAAGAUGAAAAUGUCCAAUAGGUAAGAAUGUUUAGAGUUCUUCUUUUUUCUUUUGAAUGACCAAUUUUAAAAGGUUUGAUCCAAUCUGACAGCAGAAAUAUAAUCACAUUACUUCUGACCUGCUAGGGUCUGGGUGUCGCCUUAUGUGAUGGAAAUUAACUUGUUGAGAAAGCAAAACAAGUAGAUGAAGAUCAGACUUUAAGUAAGAGAUUGAGAGCAGAUACAUAGUCACAUUCGAGUGUGGUGGAUGAGAACAGCUACGGAAACUGUCAAACUGACGAAAAGCAAGAAAAACUGGAUGUAUUUAAACCGUAUGUAUAUAUAUGUAUGUAUACCGCUUACCGAUAUAUAUAUAGAGAGAGAUAUAUAUACAGAUUAUCUGUCUUACGAAAAACAGAAACUAGGUCUACGUGACAGAAGGUUCAUCUGCUUUGGGUUUGGUUUUGUGGUUAGAAAAAUGUAGCUGCAGUAACUGAGAGCAAAGGGACGUGAUGGGUGCUGAAAUGCAUUUUCCAGUCACAUUUUGCAAAAACAAAGGAUUUUUUUUUUAUGUUUCCAAAAUCUAUACUUACAGCUGUUGAUUUCAGUAAAUGUCCAUUUUUAGUAAUUAA